GGGAUAAUGGCCAGCAAUAAGGAUAAUUCAGUGGUGAGCAAGCUCAGCCUAAAGCUCCUCAUCGACACGACCGCACAAAAAGUCCUGUUUGCGGAAGCUGGCAAGGAGGUAGUGGACUUCCUAUUCGGCCUCCUCUCGUUGCCUGUUGGCUCCGUCGUGAAACUCCUCUCCAAGGAUCGCAUGGAAGGCUCCAUUGGCAAUCUGUACAAAAGCAUCCAGGAACUCGACGACUCAUACCUUCAAAACAGCAAAGGAAAAUCCACCCUCCUCAAUCCAAUUCACUCCAUCUCUCCCUCCCUGCUCCUCCCGGGACCCUCCUCCUCCUCCUGUAAGAAUGUUUACUUCCAGUGCGUCAAUCGAAUUUACUCUGGCUGCUAUGAGUGCGUUUCCAAAGUGAAUGGAGCGCUCUGCCCCCACUGCAAGAAUAAGAUGAGUAAACAAAUGACAUACGUCGAAGGUGAUGAGAAGGAUGACGACGUGGAUCCAAAUGUAGGAUUUGUGAAGGGCGUUGUGACGUAUACUAUCAUGGACGAUCUGACGGUGACGCCCAUGUCCAGCAUCUCUAGCAUUACCCUCCUAAGUAAGUUUAACCUCAAGAAUUUGAACGCACUUGUCGAGAGGGAUGUGACACUAGGUUUCAAUGAGGCUCUAGAGGUGUUGGAGAUCUCCUUGCGGUCGAAGAAGGUCCUCACCAGCGUGUUUCUUGGCAAGAAGUAACCCCAUCGUCGUGCAAUUAACUACGGAACGGGUUGGUAGCAUACAAAAUUACAUUUUGCUGUUUGUAAUUAAAGACAGAUAGAAUCUCUACAUUUUGGGGGCUUAUUUUGGCAGCGCAUGACAAUGUUAGGGGAGUGAAAAAUACUAAACUAUAUAUGAUGUUUACUAUGAUCUAAUGCUUUUAAUUAAACUAGAUGAUCAGGUAUAAAGAUUUUGCAUCCUACUCUUUUAUCAACUUGAAGAAGCUAAUCAAUAUUUUGUUACUACUACACUCGAAUUUUUUUUCUCUUCUUAGGUGAAGUAUUCUGAACUGACACUGGUUGGAAUUUGGUGAGGAUAUUAAUGCGAUGGUUUGAAAUUCCUAGAAGUAAGAAAUGGCAGCAAAUCAACCACUAUGAAGCAUUUGCAAUAACCAAUGGUUCUGUUUUUUUUGGCUCCUAUGCCUGCACGUAUACAACACUUGCUUAGCAGAACAAUGAAUUGCUUAUAUAAAUGCUUUUCUAUGGAACCUGAGCUAGGAUUUUGUGAUUUUCCAGUUUGGUCUAAUCUUCUUUUAACUGUA